AUGGCAAAAUCGAAAAAACAGGGAGGCUUAGGCUUUAAAGACAUCUCUACCUUCAACGAUGCACUACUAGCUAAACUCAGCUGGCGAAUCCUCAAAAACCCUUCCUGUCUCCUUGCCCGCUGCCUAAUUGGAAAAUACUGCAAGGAAGAAGACUUCUUAUCAAUUCAGGCCUCAAAGUCGUCCUCCUAUGGAUGGAAAGAGCAACUCAGACCAUAUGGACCUGCCCCGAAAACUCUCAAAGACCUCAAGGUUUCAGACCUAAUGCUUGCUAACUCCACGGACUGGGACCACAAAAAGAUUGAUACCAUUCUCCCCUUCCACAAGCAAGUGAUCUUACAAAUCAAACCCUCUAUUUGCAAUGCUCCAGACGAAAUGGUAUGGCUUAAAUCAGCAUCAGGGGUCUACACUGCAAAGUCAGGCUACAAAGCUCAAGGAGAAACGACGAUCACUGAAGAGGCACCUGUUCCUGAAACAAAUAUUGAUUGGUUAGCCAACGUGUGGAAACUAAAAACUUCAGAGAAAGUCAAAGUCUUUCUGUGGAAUUCCUUACAUGAUGCUCUGCCUGUAGGAAAACAAUCCGCAAUCAGGAACAUCCCUCUCACAAGUCGAUGCCCACGAUGCAAUGAGGUCGAAUCUGUAGCACAUGUGCUAUUCACUUGUAGCUACGCAAAGAAAGUAUGGACCUUAGCUCCGCUAGCUUGGAGAUUCGACCCGAGCCCCGUUAUAACCACUAGAAAUGGUCAAGAGACCCUCCGACUGAUACCAUCUCUUCAUCCCACUGGAGUAGGACCAGGUACACUAUCUGCCUCGAUCUGCUGGGAUCUAUGGAUCUUCAGGAACCAUCUGGUCUUUCAGAAGCGUGACUUCACUCCGGAGGAGACCCUAUUGAAAGCGACCCGAGAAGCCCGAGAAUGGACCAUAUCUCAAGAUCAACUACCUAAACCUCAAUCACACGCAAACCGCAUCGCCCAGGAUCCUACCCUAGACCCAAAUCGAACUUGCAUGUACACGGACGCCGCUUGGAAUCCGGAAUCAAGAUGUGCUGGUCUUGCUGGACCAUCCUCCUCUCACUCAGCGCCCGAUACCUCUUUAACGUCGCCCCUAAUGGCGGAAACGUUGGCGCUGCGAAGCGCUUUGAACUCUGCUCUUCAUCGUGGGAUUAACACUCUCCUGAUACGAUCCGAUUCACAAAACCUCAUCAAUCUUGUGAAUGCAAAAGGACGACAUCUUGAGAUUGCAUCUCUCCUCAACGAUAUCUAUCUAAUUUCCUCUUUGUUUGCUGAUGUUAAAUUUAAGUUUAUCCCUAGACUGGACAAUAGUAGAGCAGACUAUGUUUCCAAACAGGCUCUCCUUAUGUACCAAACAUAA